AUGUUUCGCAAAGUGAUGAUCGUGCUGUCGUAUGUUCUAGCACUGGGAUGCAUUUCCGUUGCUGGAGCUGCAUCGAAAAGUGGAGUACCAUCGGCCCCGGAUCUGAGUCGCUGGGAACCCUCAUCUGCCGUGGAAUUACGUUCUGUACUCAGAGCUUUCAGCAGAGAUGCUGCUGCAGCGGGGAUGAAUCAACAGGAAGGAAAGCAACUGCCCACGUUUUCCGCGAAUCCACUGUUCGGUCCAUCCAGUCCGUGCAAAUGCCAGAACGGAUUGUGCAGCUGUUGCCUCGGCAUGUUCAGCAUGAACGGGUGCGCCAACAUCACCUACAUUCCGGAGGACUUUGCGUUCGAGUUUCGCAUGAUUUUUAACAACCGCGUGAUGACGAAGCGUCGGAUCAGUGGCAAAAAUCCGGCCCCCAUCUGUGUGCAUCCACCACGGUUCGAUUUUAUCGAGGUGUGUGCCAACAUCUACGAUGUCUACUUCGUCGGACGCAACAUGCAUUUAUGUAUGGAGAUGAAUGGCAGUUUCGAAGGAUACGAACUUUUCUCACGGUCCUUUGACUGUCUGAGGAUUGGUGAUAAGGGAGUGAAGCUCAUGAAGCCAGGCGAGACUGUCGGUGGUUCGGUGAAUCCUUCGCUCGAAGCAGAAAUCGACUCGGGGGAUGAUAUCGAAGAUUACGACGAAGCGGUCGUAUAA